AUGAACGGAUCUAAAGUCCCGAGUGAAGUAGUAGAUGGUAUUCCCGUCUUUAAACCUAACUUCGACGAGUUCAAAGAUUUUUAUUCCUAUGUUAGCGCAAUAAAUAAAUAUGGUAUGGAAAGCGGCAUAAUUAAAGUCAUACCUCCCAAAAAAUGGUUAGACAUGCUCGAGAUUCCUCCAAGUGAUAAGACGCUGAAAAAAAUUGUAAUAAAAUCACCUAUUCAACAACAUAUAUCCGGUAAUAAAGGAAUGUUCACCGUUCAUAAUGUAGAGAAAAAUAAAACUUACAACAUUAUACAAUGGAAAGACUUAUCUCACGAUUAUGUCCCACCAAAUAAUCCACAUUAUCAUGACAAUAAUACCAACAAUAAUGAUAACAUCAAUAAUAACAAUACAAAUGAUAAUAUUCCUACUAAAUCAUCUUUUUUGAAGACUAAAAACUUUGAAAAAUCAUUUUCAUUGAGUGAUUAUAAAGAGUUUCAAAAGCAUUACAAUCAAGAUAACUUGGACCAAUUCAAAGAUAAAGAAAGAUUAGAAUUUUUGGAGUCAUAUUACUGGAAGACUCUUUAUUAUACACCGCCAAUGUAUGGCGCAGAUACACCAGGUUCGAUUUUCCCCUCAGAUUUGGAAACUUGGAACGUCUCCAAAUUACCAAACUUAUUGGAUUAUCUAGAUGAAGAUAUACCCGGAGUCAAUAACUCCUAUUUGUAUGCUGGUCUGUGGAAGUCCACUUUUGCUUGGCAUUUAGAAGAUCAAGAUUUAUUUUCCAUCAACUUCAUCCAUUUUGGUGCACCUAAACAGUGGUAUUCCAUUCCACAGGAGGAUCACGAAAAAUUUUACAAUUAUAUGAAAGAACAAUUUCCAACUGAAUUUAACCAUUGCUCCGAAUUUUUAAGACAUAAAUCCAUUCUUAUAUCGCCGAAGUUAUUACGGGAUAAUGGAAUUAGAGUCAAUAAAGUAGUUCAUUAUCAAAACGAAUUUAUUAUAACUUUCCCAUAUGGUUAUCAUGCUGGUUUUAAUUAUGGUUAUAAUCUUGCAGAAUCUGUGAAUUUUGCUUUAGAAUCAUGGUUGAAGAUUGGUAAAAAGUCCAAAAGUUGCCAAUGUGUUAACGAUUCUGUAAGAAUUAAUGUGUCUAAAUUGGCACAAAAUUGGAGAAAUAAAAAGAAACUACAUAAGGAAAAUGAUAAUAAGAAUAAUACCAGUAAUAAUAAUAACGACGUUCUAACCAAAAAUUAUACAAAUGAUUCAAAUUCUAGAGGGAGAAGCUUUAAUGAGUUGUUACAUUACGGGUCCCAGGCACUCCAAAACAUUUCAAAUGACAAUGAGACUGAGGGCUCAAUUUCAAAAGAACAAUCUUUUUUUCAAAAUAAUGCAUAUGACAACCAAAAUAUGUGUUUAAGAUCAACUAGUCCAACUAUCAAUUCUACUCAAUUACCACAAUUAUCGUCCCAACUUCAACAAUCUUCUAGUUCGCAUCCUAUUGUUAGUAGAACCUCAUCUCCAUUCCUUUCAAGAAUGAUGGAUUUAUCUAAUAUUAUUGAACCAACAUUGGACGAUUCUUCGUUAAAGCUUAGAAAAACUUUAGCGUCUCCACAACCAACGACUUCGGUGCCUACUACUAGCAAUAUCUUGAAUGGAAAUAACAGUACCCUGGCACCCUUAGCCAUGCGAACAAAUACUGUUCCAUCUUCAACACUCUUCGAUUACAAUGACGAUAACAUGCUAGCGCUUAGUUUGACUUCAAUGGCAAAUAGCGGUAACUCAUCUCCAAGAUUGAAAAGACAAUUGUUAAAUAACAACCUUAACUCACCUAUCGAUUCAGCCAGCAAUGGUUUCAAUGGGGCAUCAUUAGCCAUGAAACCUACACUUUCACCACUAGCCAACAAUUCCAGUCCGGGAUAUUUCAACGGUGCUUUUAAUAAUAUGAACAAUUUCAUCUCAGUGAAGAACAAUAAUGGUAGUAGCACAAACUUGUCGGAUCUACCCUUUCCCUCUCAAAAUUUAUCAUUCCUUAAGAGGACAAAAUCUCCAAAUAUUGUCACUUUGAACAUAUCGAGAGAAUCAUCCAGAAGUCCAAUAUCCAUUAAUGCAGUUGAAUUGAGUAGACCAUCAUUAUUGGCAGAAACGCCGAAUUUCUCUUCGAAUUUGAAAAAUGAAGCAACUUCUGCAUUCAUCCAAGAGGAUAAGUCGAAUGUGGUUGCACUACAAAAGAGGGGAAGAAAGUCUGCCUCCCCCUCUCCAAUACUGAAAAAAUCAAAAUUACAAGGAACUUCCAUUAUUCAUCCACCACAAAGUAAAUUUUCUGAAGAGGAAGUUGUAGUAUCAAAAAAUGGUAAAGUUUAUAUCUGCCAAAUUUGUAAAAGACAGUUUUCCUCUGGUCAUCAUUUAACUAGACAUAAGAAAUCAGUGCAUUCUGGAGAAAAACCAUUUUCCUGUCCUAAAUGUGGUAAGAGGUUCAAAAGAAGAGACCAUGUGUUACAACAUCUUAAUAAAAAAAUACCUUGUAUUCCUGAUAAGACUGAUGGUAGUGCUACAUCCACCAAACUAAGAAAGCAACUAGAUAUGACUGAAGAAAACGUUGCACCACAAUCCGAAGGUAAUUUCCUGGUUCCCAGUAACGAAGAAAACCCAGUAGGAUUUUUGAAACAGGAUGAGUCAGUUAAACAGGAAUAA